CAGUGCAGACGGACGUUUUUGUCACUUUCUGAGUCAAGCGGCUCAAAUUCUCCUGAGCACAGUACUGUAUUCACAGCAGGCUGUCAAAAUCAGCCCUCUCACAAAAUGAUGAGCUUUCACCUCAUGUCUAGGCCGCUAUGCAGUCAGUGCGCCGGUCCAGCACAGAUUAUUCAGCCGUGAUGGAAAAACCAUGGAAAUUAUUAUUCCACGGAUUAGGUGUGUGUCCAGAUGUGGCACAACAUUUACGACGCAUCACUACCUUUUGGAUUUGGGGUCCCAGGAGUUUUAUUGCCAUCACCAUGACCAGAUUCCUCAAAAGACUGUAGCACUGCAGACCCCCUCCAAGGAGGGCUGAGGCUGGGCACGGAGCCCAUUUAUAUACUGUAUUCAAAAUUGGACACAGUGAAAGAACCAUGUAGUGUAUGUUUUACCACCACAGGGGGGCGGGUUAACUUGUGGUUCUUUUUUGUAUGUUUUCUUUUUGGGGAGUUAGUCUAAAAGGUGAGCCAGAAAUGGUCUUGCACACCUCUCCCUACCCCAGUGCCUUCCUCAGCUUCCUGAGCAGUCUGUCUUGGGCCUUUGUUUUCCCUUGCUACUGGCUGUUGGACCGGUUGUUGGCCUCCUGUGUAGCAACAUCACUGGAGAAACAUCGACGCUCCCAGGAUCCCUGUUCGUUUCUGGCUCUAGGGGUCCUGAUCGCAACACCACUCUACCUUGUUCUGCUACUGGCAUCCCUCCCAUUCGCCUUCUUUGGCUUCCUUUUGUGGGCCCCACUGCAGAGCAUUAGGAACCCGUACAUCUACUCCCACCAGAAACCAGAUAAGCAUGCCGCUGAGCAGGGAGGAGUUGCUGGAACUGAGGCAGCACUUGCUGAGUGGCGCCCACAGGGUCGCAGCUUUUGCUUUGGGAGUGCCAAUGUUUGCCUGUUGCCGGACUCAAUAGCUCGCUUCAAUAACCUGGCAGACACUCAACGGCGGGCACGAGAAGUGGGAAAACGGGUCCGAAAUGGUGCCAGUAGACCACAGAUCAAGAUAUAUAUCGACUCACCCACUAAUACUUCGAUUAGUGCCGCAUCCUUCUGCAGCGUGGCCACACAGGGCUUCCGCCGCACCUCUUCUCUGGACCAUCGUCCUGAACCAACAGUUACCACUGAAACUGAGACUGAGCCAUUAACAGAGUGUCCCAUCUGCCCCUCAGGAGGUACCAGUUCAGAUUGCCCCAUCCACAACAGUGGAGCCCAGAAUUCCUCGGAGUGUCCCCUUCACCCCAGUGUAGAAGAGCAUUCUCCCAACUGUCCCGUCCUCCAGUUUGCAGACCCACAUGCCACCAGUGAGUGUCCAAUGCAUAGCAACACCACCCAAAUCUCUGAGGACUGUCCUUUCAAUCCAGCUGGAGUACAGAUCAGCAUUACCUCUCCUGAUCCAGAGCCAGCUGAGGCUGAUAAAGGAAACCAUCAGACCGGGGAUGGGGACACGGGUAGCCUAGAAAGCCGCACUGCCUCCAGGGAAUCCCUGGUACGAUUCCAUGCAGCUGAUGGAGGCUUCUUGCCCAAUAACACCCUUUCACAACAUCGCACCUCAGUCUUUAAAAGACCUAAUGGGCGCAAGCGUCGUCAUGGCGAUGACGGCUUUGACCACGAGAUCUCCGCCUUCUUCCCAGCCAACCUGGACUUCCUGUGUCUGCAGGAAGUCUUCGACAGGCGUGCUGCAGAUAGGCUCAGGAAGAAGCUGCACCUCUAUUUUCCCUUUGUACUAAGCGAUGUGGGACGCUAUGGCUGGAAAGGCUGUUGCUCCCAGUUCAAGUUCUUGAACAGCGGGUUGCUGUUGGCCAGUCGCUACCCCAUUUUGGACGCCCAUUAUAAGUGCUUUCCCAAUGGGCGCAGCGAGGAUGCUCUGGCUGCUAAGGGAGUUCUUUUUGCUAAGGUGCAGGUGGGAUGCUCUGCUCAGGAACAACGGGUUGUUGGAUAUAUCACUUGUACUCAUUUGCAUGCUAUUGAAGGUGAUUCGACAGUGCGCUGUGUGCAGUUGGAUAUGUUGUUGGAGUGGGGUGCUGAAUUUAGGAGGGCCACCUUGAGUCAAACGGAUGAGGAGAAAGUUCUGGAAGAUCAGGUAGCCUUCGACGUUAUCCUUGGAGACCUCAACUUUGACAACUGCUCGUCAGAGGAUAAGCUUGAACAGCAGCACUCUCUGUUCACUCAUUAUAAAGACCCUUGUCGUCUUGGUCCUGGAGAGGACAAACCAUGGGCUUUGGGCACAUUGUUGGACACAAGCAGGCUAUACGACGAGGAAGUCAGCUCACCAGAGAGCUUACAAAAAGUGAUGGAGAAUGAGGAAGGGCGGAAAGAGUACUUGGUUUUCCCCGCCAGCAAGAACCACUGUCCCAGCCAGAAGGGGCGCAAAAUCCCCCUGAAGGGCAAUGGCAGGAGGAUCGAUUACAUCUUGUAUAAAGAGGAAGGCCUGCAACAGGACUGGAAAGUGGAUAUAGACGAGUUUAGCUUCAUCACUCAACUGGCUGGAUUGACUGACCACCUCUCAGUGGCCGCGAGACUGCUAGUGUCAACCGGUGAAGAGGAGACUUAGGACCCAGCAGAAAUUCAAAAAAAUCAAUGCCACGGAGAGACCGAAAGAGAGAGAGAGAGAGAGAGAGAGAGAGAGAGAGAGAGAGUUGAGUGAAAGGAAAAACAGCAGGAGGGAGCAUUAGUCAAGCUUCCCAUCAGAUGAGGGCUGAGUGAUUGAGAUGGUUGAAGAGUCGUAAAAAAACGAUGGAUGAUUUGAGAUGGAGAGCAGACAGAAAGGAAGGAGAGAAAUCAACCAAUCAUCUGAAAGCAGAAUGCAAGUGUGUGACGUUCCAGACAAUGAUACUUAAAAGACUCGGACACACACACAUUUUGAUGAUGCCAUGGACACAACAACAGACUCACACUCCAUCUUUUCCUGAACUCUCCAUGUUUACAUCUGAACUGAAGAACAAAAUGAAAUAUUUAACUCACAUUUGCACUUCUAAUGCUUUUUCUCUGGGGUGCAUAAAGGGGCAAAGUCCAUUUUCUGGUGCCAUGACCCGGAGAAUCAUCGAAGGAAAGGUACUGCAUGGGAAAUGUUCACGUUGACUCUACUGGUCAUCAAUGCAGACCUGAACAUCUGUUUAUUUAAAGUUAGUCUACAACAAGAAGACAAGACUUCUCUGUUGUCUAUCCCUCAGACCCUCAAAAGUGUCUUUCUUUUCUAAUGUCUUUCUAAGGUUUCAAAGGCCUUGAGCCAUCUUUUUAGGCAGUUUAUAUACUGAUAUACAGUUCUGAUUAAGACUUUAGGUGGAUUGUAUGGCCUCAUACAACACUAAUUUGACCUCAAACGAUUAAGUGCAGUCAGAACAUUUCAUUCAUGCUUUGUUGACUGCUGGGACACAGUGACCAAAUCCUGAAAUCUGCGCACCAUGGAAAUACUUAGCAAUUGGUGGGAAUUUUAAACUUUCGAAUGUUUGAACUGUUGGUAGACGCAUGUUUUCUAAUUGCACUGCCAUUUUAUGGCCUGCAUGUUUGAAGUAAACUCCUUCAAAAAGCUUUCACAAAAACAUACACAAGCACCCCCCACAAACAACACUUUUUUCCCUAAUUCAGUAUUGUUGUGGCUUCAUCAAAGGGAUGUAUGAUGCCCUGAAAGCCUCCUAUUUCAGUGUUACUGUUUACAUGUUUGAGCCAAGAUGGUGGUCCCCUGCAAAUGUUUACAUGUGUACCGAGUUCAGGCAACAGAACCAAAAAUGGCUGAUCUGAAUCCCCAGUUAAACCCACCAAAGCUAUUUUUCACCUGUUAACACAACUGCUUUUAUACUCUUUACAAUUGUCUUGUUAUUAUUAUUAUUGCUAUUAUUGUUAUUAUCAUUAUUCUUACUAUUGUUCAUGGAUUUUACAUGAUGUGCUUUUUACAAAUGACUACAUUCCCCAUGAUGCAUUUAUCUGCUUUAUGCUGUGUUAGAGGAUUACAGCAACCUUAGAGUAGAGCUCAGCCCUGUUUUGACUGACAGACUAAUUGACCAAUCAGCAAGCCGAUAAACAUCUUUAGCAUAGCUGAUCGCAAUGUAGUGCUGCGUUCCAUUUCAGAAUCUCUUGCUACUUGGAAAAGUGCAACGGAAUUCACGAAAAUGGUGGCACAUAGGGCAAUGUACACUGUUAAUAAGCAAGCACUUGCAUCGAUAAUGGAUCAAUGAGUGUGUUUACAUGCACACCAAAGACAUCAAAAAACAUCAGCUAGUCCUUAUAAGUUGUUGGCUUAUUAAGCAUAAAUGAUGUAAGAUUGUGCAUGUAAACCUGGACAAUGAGUCAAAGUUCCAAAAUGUAAAGCCGGUUUUGACACGAACACCUAGUGUUUGCGUACCACCGAACACUUAACUUUUCAAAGUAUACUUAAUUUGACUGUGCACACACACACAGGUGACAUUAUUUCUCUUCAGGAGUUUAGAACCCUUAAAGAUGUCUUUAUAUACAUUCAGAAUCCAAUUACACAAAUGCAAGUAUGUCCUGACCUCCUUACAUAUGCAUCCUUGACUUGAACAUCCACUGUUGUUAAUUCUACUUUCAUCUCCUUUUGUUUAGCUGUGAUUACAUUUUAUUCUAGUGCUUCUUUGGGAAAGCAACAGCUCAACCGUGAGUUUUGCUACCUUGUGGACCCACUUAUUAAUGCAAACAAAUCCAGGCGCAUGCCCAUAAUACAAGUUUACAGUACACACGUUUAGAAAAAUUGGGCCGCAUGCGUUCAGUGCUCGAGCACCCUGCUUAUAAUGAAAUUUGUUUCAUGCGUCCUGUACGCAGAUGCCUAGCAUUCGCGUUUAACUGAAGUAUACUUUGUGCUUAAUAAACAUAUUUAGCAUUAGCAGAGCUAAUUUUAAUAUAAUGCUGCUGUGCAAUUCGAAAAGUCUUCCUACUGUCAGUAAAGUGCAAUGGAAUUCCGUGAACAUGGUGGCACACAGGGCAAUGUAUGCUGUUAAUCACAAAUCACUUGCAUUGAAAAUGAAUGCGGUUACAUGCACCAAUAUGCUGAUAACUACCAAAAAUCUGCUUAUUCCAAAAUACUAUCUGCUUUUACGUCAAAACAUAAACAGGCAUUGGAUGAGCCGGUAAGAAAACCGGUAACGGUGUUUACAUGCAAUGUGAAAUCAGGGUAAUUAACCAAUCAGAAUAAAGUAUUCCAGAGAGCCGUGUAAUACCUGUUUAGCAAAGAGAGAGGUACACCAAUUGUACACCUGUAAAACAAAUGCCAGGAUUACCAUUUUAUUUCUUUAUACAUCAUCUUAUGAGAAUUGGACAACAGGUUACGUUUAUGGUUGGAAGUCAGAGAAAUUGAGUAGGAAUAUUCCACAACUGAUUUUGGAUGGAACGCAGCAUUAAAACAGAUCCAGUCAGCAAGCAUACACCUGGUACUAAUUUACAAUCUCACGUGUUGUUCUUUGAUCAGGUCAGUGUGCCAUAAUUAGCGGUAACCGUAUUCAGAUUCACCAGUACACAAGCUAAUAAGGUAUUGUGGGGUGAACAGAUUUAUCUCUUGAUAGUGGCAGCACUAUUUAUAAACUGCCAUCCUCUUCAAAGAUACUGAAGGUCAACUCUCGACAGAUCAAGGGUCAAACAGGGAGAGCUGUUGUAGCUAUGUAUGUAGUAAAAUAAUCAAUCGUCACAAAUUCUCACAAAGAUCUUACUGUUGUCUAUAUAUUGUUUUCAAGGCUAUAUACUUUGUUGUUUUUAUUUUUAUUUUCUUUGUUAAUCUUGAGGAAUGUUGCUUGCUACAAGCUUUAGCUGGUCAGGCACUCAAGGGGAAAAUGGUAAGGGAAACGCUUUCUCAAUGUCAGCUCUUUAUAACUGCGUUUUGGUUCUGCUUUUUAUAAAAACAAACAAAAAAAAUCCCUAUUUGAUUCAAAGUGUGUGUUUGAUUAUUCACAAGGGGCCAUGCACCGAAACUUGCUAUGUAUCAUGGUACCCUGAACAUUUAUGACCAGUUUUGUGACCGAGACACAUUGUGGAUGAACAUGGCCAAUAACAGAAACCACUUUAAAAACUUGAUCUAAUUCUUUGCUGUUGUGAUUCUGGGGACCUGCAGA